AUGCAGUUAGUUUCCAACAUCUCUGUCGAGCUUUCAACAGAUGUGGCCUGCCCGCUGUGGUCUCAACUGCAGCUCAGAGCGGACGUCCACCUGCCACAUAAUGACCUUUUAAAGGAUGACAACGGUUUUACAGCUCUAAAGCUCGAAGUCCGCCAGCAAAUCGCAGGUGGCAAUCAUCAGCCAGAACAUGCUUGCCAACAUUCUUAUGAAGUAAGCAACGGAGAAAAUUCGAAGCCCCCCGCGGGGAUUCCGACCCUUGUUCUUCGUGCGGUCAAUAUCUUCUUCACGUUUUCGUGCCUCAGGACAACUACACUCGUGCCACAAAAGAGGUCUUCCUGCGAGGAAAACAUUCUCCCCGAUCAGACUGACAGUCCCAGGGUAUCGGGAGAUGGCGUGCUGAACCCUGCUGGCUUUGAUGAACAAUCAAUUGGAAUCGAUAAAACCCAGCUGGCUGCUUCGCAGAGGUUCGGUAACGCACCGUUCCUGGACGGUUUUGAUGCCAAUAACCUCAUGAUUCCUUCUGCCCCUAAUCAAAUUAGCUCGGACACAUCAGCAGAUUUGUUCAGUAGCGCUUUUGAAGAUGACAGUGACGAGACGCAAAGCAUUGUCUUCUCGGGCCAAGAGUCAGCCUUUGUGCAGUCACAGGAUGAGUCCCGUGAAGCGGGCUUCAGGGAGUCUUCAAGCUCUUGUUUUCUGUCGAUGAACGCGUUGAUUGAUGGAGCCUUCCGCAGUAUAAUUUGUCCUAAGCCUAUUCGUACAGCGCCUGGAAUCAAAAUGGAAAGAUCCAACUUAGAAAGGGGACUUGCUGACAUUGCUCCAUCGACCUUCAGCCCUGGUUACAGGAAGGCGGUGGCGGCCCGAGGGCCUCUCGUACCCACCAUUGCCCGUUUCUUGACCUCGUUCUUGCAGAAAGCGAAAUGUUUUCGUCUCAUAACAAAGAAGGACGAAUUAAUACAGCAAUUCCCGAAACUCCAAUCUACUGGGAACCUUCAGACGGAUCAGACUGGAGAGGAAGGGGCAAAGCUCAAGGAAGUAGUGAAGAUGCAUCUAUGGAUGACAAUGACAAACGCCUUACGAGAUCCACAGCCAGCCCGCAGACUGAAGCCGUUGCAACAUUUUCGCAAGUCUGUUGUGGUGGAUUCGAAUGAAUCGCUUGAUAUUGAGCAGGCUGAGCUAGAAUGUAGCGGAUUUGAUAGGGAGUCAGAUGAUCAAAUGUUAGAAGAAGACUACAACGCGCUCUUCGAACCUAUCUAUCAUGAUGCAAGCUACGACUAUGACAUGCUAGAGAAUCUUGACGAAGAAGAUGAAGCAGACAACUUCGAGGAAUACGAACCAGAUCUCUUUGAAGAAUAUGAGGAAUGGCUGAGAAGUGCUUGCGAGCAUGAAAAUACUGGCAGCACUGAGCUCCUAUUUGACAAUAAUCGUUGCUGUUCUGAAUCAGAAUUCAUCUCGCAAGAGACCUCCACUGCUCUCCUCUCACCUAUGCUCCAACCUCAAGAGAAGUUCCAUGAACCGGGCCAAGUUGAACUAGCAUCGGACACAGCUCCCCCAACGCAUCCGAGGAUUUUCCCGGUGUUAUCACUCGGAGAUUUGGAUGCAACUACUGACGAUGGUGGCGAUGGUGACUGGACUGAUUUGCUUGAUGAAGCAGAUCCCGGCGAGUCUGGAGAUGUGGCAGCCGACAGAAGCCUUGCCCGGCCAAUCGCUUCGCUUCACGACGAGUAUGAGCCGAGCUUCGAGCAAUGGGAGUUCGACCGGGAACAGGGAUAUGAUGCCGCCGAGCCAUCACUCAGCGCGGUCCCCACCGUCCUCUCGGACUCCCUACUACUCCUCUCCCCGGCGACGCCCUGGGCAAACGCGCCACCGACGAAGCCAUUCUCGAGCGCCAAGGCCUUCAAGUCGCUCGCCGGCUCGAAGCGGCGGAGCUUAGCUAAGAGGGUACUCGGCGAUGCAGGCGUCGUCGGUCCAGCCGGUGACCUUGCGGAAGCAGGCGGCGAUGCAGCCGGUGCGGUGCUUGCCCUUGUUGCAGUGGAUCAGCAGCGGCUGGUUGCGCUUGUCGAGCAUGAGCCGGAGGAUGCGCGCCACCGUGGCGGCCGGGGUGGCGACGGCGAUGUGGUGGUGCUUGAUGCCGGUGAGGGCCAUGAAGGCGGUGUUGGCGGCGGGGAGCGGGUCCGGGGCCAGGGGGAUGAUGGUCUUGAAGCGGUAGGUUUUCAGGGCGGAGAAGUGCGCCGCUUGCGGGUACGAGCUGCGGUAGAUGCCGGAAGUUUGUCGGCAGGCCGGUCCCGUCGGGCGUCGGCGGUUGCGAUUUGUCUUCCUCCAUGGUGA